AUAAGAAUAUUUCUUUUUAAAAAUCAUUUAGUAUCACAUGACUUUAACUUCUAUCACUAACUGGUGAGGAUAAAGCCUCGCCUAACACUGACAGGAAAUGACGUAUUGUAAUAGGCGUGGUGAUGUCAGGAAAGGUGAGAUUUUCAAACCUGACAGUUGUCACCGCCUCACCUGAAGCAUCUCUCUGCAUAGGAACGAUGGCAGCAGGGAAAGUGUGCAAGUGUGUGUGUGUCUGUGGGGGGCGGGGCGUGAGGGCUGCAGUCAGAGGAGGGAUCCUCUCUCACGGAGUGCAGCUGCGCAGUUCUUCCUCCAGCUUCAGCUCCUGGAGCUGCGAGCGGACAGCAGCAGAGAGAAGCAUGAUUCCCAUCGUGUUGGUGAUCCUCCUGGUUCCACGCGUGUUGUUCUCCACGACACAUGUGGCGGUGAUCUCCCCCCAGGAUCCCUUUCUGCUGAUUGGCUCCAGUCUAACGGCCACGUGCACGCUGAGCCCUGAGCUCGGCGUGCACGCCAGCACUUUAUACUGGACGCUGAACGGAGCGCGCGUGGCCAGCAGCGCCUACAGUGUGGUGUCGCCCAGCGUCCUCAGCGUCACCCUUCACGGCCUCAGUGGAUCCCAGCAGCGGUCCGGAGACAACCUGGUGUGCCACGGAGCGGACGGACGCGUCCUGGCUGGAUCCUGCCUUUACGUGGGCAUGCCUCCCGAGAAGCCCGUCAAUCUAACUUGUUGGUCCCGAAACACGAAGGACUUGAGCUGCCGCUGGAGCCUGGGUGGUCAGGGCGAGACUCACGUCCCGACCAAAUACACCCUCAAGUACAAACUGAGAUGGCACGGCAAAGAGAAGGAGUGUGAAAAUUACAGCACGGGAAACGAGCGUUACUCCUGCUACAUCCCCCGCAACAUCGCCCUCUUCACUCCGUACGAGAUCUGGGUGGAAGCAACCAAUCAGCUGGGCUCUGCUACCUCUGACAUCACCACCCUGGACAUCCUCGAUGUAGUGACCACAGACCCUCCCGCCAACGUGCAGGUCAAUCGCGUCGGCGAGCUCGAGGACCAGCUGACGGUCCGCUGGGCCAUCCCCCCCGAGCUCAAGGACAUCCUGUUUCAGGCCAAAUAUCAGAUACGCUACCGACUGGAGGACAGCGCUGACUGGAAGUUGGUGGACGAUGUCGGCAAUCUGACAUCGUGCCGCCUCGCAGGCCUCCAGCCUGGGACCGUCUAUUUUGUCCAGGUGAGGUGCAACCCAGUGGGCAUCUUUGGCUCGAGGAAGGCCGGCAUUUGGAGCGACUGGAGCCAUCCGACCGCCGCCUCCACGCCCAGCAGUGAGCAGCUGCAGAGCGGCUCGUGCGACCCUAAGAGCGGCGAGCAGAACUCCACGCUGCGGCGGGAACUCAAGCAGUUCUUCGGCUGGGUCCGCAAGCACGCCUACGGCUGCGGCGGCAUGUCGAUGAAACUGUACGAUCAGUGGAGGGUGUGGCUGCAGAAAUCGCAGAAAACGCGCAAGCAGAUUCUGCAAGAAGAUAAUUCAUAGCACAGAAACUCGGCGUGACUGUGGCAUUUAAUUCAAGACGCACAUCGAGAAAGCUUGACAGAUGACUGGUCCGCAGGGUCCCCGCAGUGUUGAGAGGUCCAACUCCCGUCCAAGGGACGCUGCAGAGGCUGUGCGCUCACACACUCUUGAUUUUAAAAGGCCCGAGUGGGAGAUAACCGAGACAAAGCAGCCUUUCAUUCAGUCUGUCUGCUAGAUCUGUUAGCAAUAACAAAAAAUAUUAACGCCUUCAAAAACUGCAAAUUUAUACUCGAAAAAAGUUCAAACUGCUUUGUGUUUAACAGAAUGUAAGAUAAACACGUCUCUGGAAGUGAAAGUUUGCGGCAUGUCACCAGAU